AUGGCGAUGACAAAAGAAGAACGGCUGGAAAAGUUUCAGGCGGCCAAGUCCCUGACCGGAGGAACGACCCGGCGCACGAAGCACUUUCAGUUGGCUGCCUACACCAUCUCCACGAUGGUCUUCGGCAUGAUUUGCAGUGCCUUGGGCCCAGCCAUUCCGUGGCUAGCGGGCAACGCGCAGGUGUCGCCCGAGGUUCUGGGGUGGCUUCCGGCUGCUCAGGCAGUGAUGUGUAUCGCCUCAGGCCUGGCUUCUAGCCUUAUGGCUUACGUGCCCAGGCGGUUCCACCAUCGUCUGCUCUUUGCGAUGAUGCUUUGGCUCGGCGGGUUCUUCGCCUUGUUGCCAGUCGCCAGCCAAACCAUGCUGGCUCUCGUUGCUACCUACGGUUUUCAGGUCUUACCACGACCGUGGAUCGGCCAGAUGACGAACCUUCUUGUCUCGGAGCUCUAUGAGGACGCGAGCUUGAGCAGUGCCGCGCAGAGCUUCAACCAAGGUGGCUUUGCCUUUGGCUGCGUCAUCAUGGUGCUUCUGGAGCAGUUGUCUUCCAGCACCUUCGGCACGCAAGGAAUGUUCUACAUGGCUGGAGGCUUCACCGCCUUGUCCUCUCUCCUUUUCCUGAAGCUGCCCGUGUUGGAGGAUAGGGAUGUACGGGAUGUACCGAAGGCAAGCCGUGCGAACUCGCUACCAAGCUGCUUCACUCUCACAUGCAGUGGCCUGGGCGUUCUUGCUGUCGGUCUCGAGGUUGCCUGUGGGACGUGGCUGAUAACGUCCAUGACGCAGAUGGGCUUCUCUACUGGUGCCGCAGCCGCCUCCAACAUCACCUUCUGGAUCUUGUUUGCCUUCAGCCGUUUGGCGUUGGCGCCCUGCAUUUGCAAAUGCUUGCGGCCACGCCCCGCGGCGAUGGUUGUUGGAGGCGCAGCCGUUGCUUCAGUUUCCUGCCUGCCUGCAGCAGUCUGGCCGAAUAACUUGCCAGCGAUCUUCUUUGCCGUCUCCGGGGUCGCAAUGGGGGCUGGCCCGACCUACGCGAUGUGCAUCAGCAUGGCCAAGGAGCGGCGGGCACUCACCUCAGUUGACUCGGCCAUGUUUGCCAUUGCCUCAUCCUUGGGCGCUGGUGGCGUUCCCUUCGUCAUGAGCCGCAUCCUUGCUCUUCUCGGCGCCGCAUCCUUUUUCCCAACACUGCUUUGCAUGUGCCUGGUGCUGCUGAGCUCUGCUUACCUCAUCGACCGCAUCUCCUGUCACAGAGCUGCAGGGGAGCAGGAUGAGGAGGACGUGGAGAAGGGCUGCACUAAGACCACCAAGAUGGCAGAGAUUGAGCAGCCUGCGGUGCCAGCGACUCCAGUGGUUCCCCUCAUUGUAUGGACCUUCUGGGAGCAGGGUUGGCAACAUGCCCCUGCCCUUUGUCAAGCCUGUGCUUCAAGCUGGGAGUUGGCAAACCCCGACCUCUCCAUCCGCAAGAUCUCCGCUGCGGAGCUUCCGGAGCUCUUGCCAGAGCUUUGCCGGUGGCCGCGCCUUUGGGAGUUGCCCCCUCAGCAACGCGCCGACCUGGUCCGCUUGGCGCUUCUGGAGAAGUUCGGGGGCAUCUGGGCAGAUGCCACGCUCUUCUGCGCUGCUCCAGUCAUGCCUUGGCUUCAGGCGCUACGUCCCCAGGGUCUUCAGGGUGCUGCUAGUGCUGCGAAGGCGAAUCCGGACUUCUUCUUCGUCUUCGACCGCUCCGACUCCAACACCUGGGUGCACGACCCCUUCGUGAAACGCGGGCUCCUGAUCAGCAACUGGUUUCUCGCCAGCACUCCAGGCCAUCCACUUGUCUCGCAAUGGCUCGCGGCCAUGCACCAGGAGGUAGCGAAGACCACCAUCGCCUAUUUCGGCAUGCACAAUAUCUUUCGCACCUUACUUGAGGACGAGGCAAACCGCAGGCUUUAUGACCAGGUUCCCCGUGUCUCAGCCCGGCACCCGCACCUCCUGGAAUUCGAGCUCGGCUUCUCCACUUCGGCCACGGGUGCGGCCAGGGAGUUGCUGCGUCAGUCCCUGGAGAUCGCACCGAUGCAGAAGCUGUCGCACAAGAUCCUGCAGGAAAACUUCCUGGUGUCGCUUUGCCGGUGCAGUGCCUCAGUGCCAUCCCUGCUUGGUGAGUUGUUCGCCAGGCACGACGGCGUGAUGUCGAAGCUGUGCCAGCGCCAGCUCCCGAGCAACGAGUCCACAGCCACGCACCAGGAUUUGAGGCUCCGUGAGCAGGAAAACAAGAGGAAGGUACUUGCAUCAUGGAAGACCUUCAUGUAUGUCCCCACGGCUUGUGCGGCUUGCCAGGGUGAGGAGGCAACGGCUCCAGGCCCCCUUUAA